GCCGGAUCGAAAGAUGCGCACGUAAUUAACUUCAUCUCUUGUCUCCGUGUCCUCCUGAGAGCCCCUCUGUCCUCCGUCACAAUUCCCCUCCAGAGCGGCUCCGCGGGUUUUUUGCCGUCCGUCCGUCCCCGAAGCGCGCGGAGGAAGUGGUCGGUGGUCUUCCUGGUGACCUCCGUCGCCAUGGUCCUGCUGGCUCUGGCCGUUGCCGUCCCGUUGCUGCUGCUCCGCACCUCUGAGACCUCCGCUCACUACUAUGAGAUGAUGGGCACCUGUCGGAUGGUUUGCGACCCGUACACCCCGAAACCGGGCGGCGCCACCGCCAUGGAGGUGAUCCAGAACGUGAACGGUGUCGCUCCGCAGCCGCCCAUGGCGCAGGGGAGCCGCGGGGAGCCGGGGCGACCGGGGAAACCGGGAUUAAGGGGCCCACCGGGAGAACCAGGACCCCCGGGUCCGAGGGGACCACCAGGAGAGCGCGGCGACGGGAAACUGAGCUUCCCCGCCUUAACCGGACUUGCUGGGGGUGAGAACGGGGAACCGGACGGAGUGAACUCAACGAGCAACAGUUUUAGGAUCGCUUUUUACGUCGGUCUGAAGAACCCACACGAGGGAUAUGAGGUGUUAAAGUUUGACGACGUGAUCACAAACUUGGGGAACCACUACGACGCGAGCACCGGGAAGUUCACGUGCCAUGUGUCCGGGAUCUAUUUCUUCACCUACCAUGUGUUGAUGCGGGGAGGAGACGGGACCAGCAUGUGGGCAGACCUGUGCAAAAACGGACAGGUACGAGCCAGUGCCAUAGCUCAAGAUGCAGACCAGAACUACGACUACGCCAGCAACAGUGCCGUGCUCCACUUGGACUCUGGAGACGAGAUCUAUGUCAAACUGGACGGCGGCAAAGCUCACGGAGGCAAUAACAACAAGUACAGCACCUUCUCCGGCUUCAUCUUAUACCCCGACUAAAAGCACGCAGCGGCAGCUCCAUGGACAGUAUUCACAACUGAAAACCAUUCAAGUGUUUGGUCCAAUAUAAUUCUACUCUUUUCAAGAUAGGUGCAACAACACACAGAGGCUUAUCUGUAUGUUCUGUUUAUUUAGUGAGAGACCUUUUGUAUGUGUGUUUGGUUUAACUUAAGUUCAAAUGCUCCACUAUCAUCAGAGUAUCUUACUCCAGACUACAGUAACAACCCCUUCAUGCUCUGAGCUGAGAAUACGUCAUGUUUCUCACAUUUCUUUGACACAUUUAUAAAAUGCUUUGGGGAAAUGAGCCACAGUACAGGACUUACUGACUGCUGACUGCAACAUAUCCUCAAACUACAGUUUGUAUGAUAUCUGACAAAUAAACGCUCCGCGAAUGUCCCCGUGACGUUACAAACUUCGAAAAAAUGUACGUACUUUGUGUUAACAUGGCUGGGAGUCAUGACAGUAUGUCCUUAACGUAAAGUUACGUACUUAAAUUUAAGUUACAUAAGUUAGGUUCUUAACGUGAAGUGACACAGGUUUGGUUUCGGAAAAGAAACAUGGGCAUCAUAAUGGUAUUAACAUAAUUAAAGGUUACAUACUUAAUGUAAAGUUACGCAGGUUAGGUUUAGAAAAAGAAACAUGGUGAUGACAAACCUUAAAAUAACUCAAAGUUCACUUGGUUUCACAAACACCGGUCUCCUGGGGGUGAGUCCUGUGUUUGUUUGACCUGCCUCCUGAGGCAGAUUUUUGCCAUUUAUACCACUUUCUCUAUUUUCGUCACGUGAUCGCAGACUCACAGAUUACGUGGGUUAUAUAAAAAUGUUGAGCAUUACUUUUCGUUUUCAUACGUACAAACAGUGCAUGAGAACAGCCUGCUACUGUGUGUAUUAAUGGUAUCUAGUAUGUCAGAGUCAAAUGAUGACAAAAAUCAACGGAAAUCAAGGGAUAACGUAUAAACGCCUCCUUCUUGUGGUAUUCAUGACCUCGUAAGUGUAAAUUUAUCUGAAAGCUCAGAGCUCACGAGUUGCGACGUGUUAACUGAUAUUUUCAGAUAUGGCAGAAGCCAUGAAAGAGGGUUUUUUUGGUGGAUGGUUAGUUAAUAUAUUCAAUUUCAUUCAUAAAGACUUUUUCUUUGUAUUUUUAUAUGUCAGAGAAAAAUGGCGAUAUUCCCAACAGCAUAUUUCAUAAUGUUUUGCAUUUCCUGUGUUAUG